AUGCCCAAGACGACCGCACUCAAGAGCAUCAAGUCCCUUGUGCCUCUCCUCGACCGUGUCCUCGUACAGAGAGUGAAGGCUGAAGCUAAGACUGCUGGGGGCAUAUUUCUUCCGGAAAGCAGCGUGAAGGAAUUGAACGAAGCAAAGGUUUUGGCUGUCGGUCCCGGAGGGCUUGACAAGGAAGGGAAGAGAAUACCAAUGAGUGUUGGUGAGGGCGACAAGGUGUUGAUUCCUCAGUAUGGAGGCAGCCCAGUGAAGGUUGGGGAGGAGGAGUACUCUCUUUUCAGGGACCAUGAGCUGCUGGCGAAGAUCAAAGAAUAA